UUCUUUUUUGGCUCAGUGAGCAGAAGGCCGUUGUGAUACUGAAAAUCGUUUUGAAUUAAGAUGGAGCUAGUUACUGCAUUGUUGGUUUUAGCGGCGCUGGCGAUCGCCACACAUUUUUACAAUCGAAGACGAAAGUGGGUGCAGUCCGUGGACCUGAUCCCUGGCCCUCCAGCUUUGCCGAUUAUAGGCAACUCCUGGGAGAUCUUAUGGACGUUCAAAACCGAUCAGACAGAGGCGAUCAGCAAUUGGACGAGGAAAUACGGCAGCAUAUACCGCCUCUGGCUCGGACUUGGGCAUGCCGUUGUUGUGCUCAACAACCCGGAGGAUGUUGAGAUUCUUCUGAGUGGCUCUAAGCACAUUGAAAAGUCGAACGUGUACCGUCAUUUGCAUCCCUGGCUUGGAGAAGGACUUCUCACCAGCAAAGGUCAAAAGUGGCACAUGAGAAGAAAAUUAAUAACACCAACUUUCCACUUCCGUAUUUUGGAUCAAUUCGUGCAAGUGUUCGACAGUAACGGCAAUAUUCUGGUCGAGAAACUGUUAUCUACGAAUGGCAAGACAAUCAACAUCCACGAUUUCAUCACCCUAUGCACGCUUGACAUCAUAUGUGAAACUGCCAUGGGGACUAAAGUGAACGCACAACAGGACUCCAAGUCGCCGUACGUUUCUGCCGUCAGCGAUGCACUCCUCUCAGUGCACAUGCGAACCAUGCAGCCAUGGCUUGGCAACGACUGGUUGUAUAACAGAACGGAGGGAAGCAAGACCUUAAACGCCGCUCUUAAAGUUCUGCACAAAUAUUCUCGAGAGGACUCUUGGUCAAGUUAUUGCUGAGAAAUAAUUACAUAGCAGCUUGCAUUCCGUCCGAGUGGUUUGAGUGCGCGCGCCA